AUGAGUGUCGUUGGUGUCGAUUUCGGAACCCUCAAGACGGUGAUUGCCGUCGCCAGAAAUCGCGGCGUCGAUGUGAUCUCCAACGAGGUUUCCAACCGCGCCACGCCAUCUGUGGUUGGCUUCGGCCCCAAGUCGCGAUACCUCGGCGAGAGCGCCAAGACGCAAGAGAUCUCCAACCUGAAGAACACCGUCAGCGCCAUCAAGCGUCUUGCCGGUCGCUCUUUCAACGACCCCGAUGCCCAGAUCGAGCAGCAGUACAUCACCGCCCCUCUUGUCGAUGUUAACGGUCAGGUCGGCGUCGAGGUCAACUACCUCGGCAAGAAGGAGAGGUUCACCAACACCCAGCUGAUUGCCAUGUACCUGAGCAAGAUCAAGCAGACGACGCAAGCCGAGAUCAAGCUCCCCGUCUCUGACUUGGUAAUGAGCGUCCCCGCUUGGUUCACUGACAUCCAGCGCCGCGCUAUUAUCGAUGCCGCCGAGAUCGCCGGACUGAAGCUCCUUCGCCUUAUGAACGACACUACUGCUGCCGCUUUGGGCUGGGGUAUCACCAAGCUCGACCUCCCCGCUCCCGAGGAGAAGCCCCGCCGUGUGGCCUUCAUCGACAUUGGCCACAGCAACUACACUGCUUCCAUUGUCGAAUUCAAGAAGGGCGAGCUCGCCGUCAAGGGCACCGCCUUUGACCGCCACUUUGGUGGCCGUGACUUCGACAAGGCCCUCGUCGAGCACCUCGGCAAGGAGUUCAGCGGCAAGUACAAGAUUGACAUCCACUCCAACGGCCGGGCCAUGGCUCGCACCAUUGCCGCCGCCGAGAAGUGCAAGAAGAUUUUGUCUGCCAACCAGCAGGCCCCUGUCAACAUCGAGUCCAUCAUGAACGACGUCGACGUUGCCGCCAUGAUUACCCGCCAGGAGUUCGAGGCCAUGGUUGAGCCUCUGCUGGCCCGCGUCCACGUGCCUCUCGAGCAGGCUCUGGCCGAGGCCAAGCUGACCAAGGAUGAUAUCGACAUCAUUGAGGUCAUCGGCGGUGGCAGCCGUGUCCCCGCCCUCAAGGAGAGAAUCCAGGCUUUCUUCGGCAAGACCCUAUCCUUCACCCUGAACCAAGACGAGGCCAUUGCCCGUGGUGCCGCCUUCAGCUGCGCCAUCCUGUCCCCCGUCUUCCGAGUCCGCGAUUUCACUGUCCAGGAUAUCAUGAGCUACCCCAUCGAGUUCACCUGGGAGAAGGCUCCCGAUAUCCCCGAUGAAGACACCAGCCUGACCGUCUUUAACCGCGGCAACGUCCUGCCUUCUACCAAGAUCCUUACCUUCUACCGCAAGCAGCCCUUCGACCUCGAGGCUCGCUACGCCAAGCCUGAAGACCUUCCGGGCAAGAUCAACCCAUGGAUUGGUCGCUUUUCCGUCAAGGGCGUUAAGGCCGACGGCAAGGACGAUUUCAUGAUCUGCAAGCUCAAGGCGCGCGUCAAUAUCCAUGGUGUUCUCAACGUCGAGAGCGGCUAUUAUGUCGAGGACCAGGAGGUCGAGGAGGAGGUCAAGGAAGACGAGAACGGAGACAAGAAGGACCCUGAUGUGAGUUUUGAGGCGUCUCGUCAUGAAGUUUUGUUACCUACCGAGGUGGGCGAUGCCAUGAGGUCGCCGCCGAAACGUCGACGUCAUGACAUUGACCCUGAGCCUCGUUCUUACCCGCCCUGCGAGUUCGUCGAGGACGAAGAUGGGAUGCCGAAGCUAACGUAUGCACCCCUUAAGGCCAUGGAGACGGACAACAAGGACGAUACGCCCAAGAAGACCCGUAAGGUCAAGAAGCAGGUCCGCAAGGGCGACCUGCCCAUCGUCAGCGGCACCGCGUCCCUGUCCGAAACAGCGAGAACCUCGCUUUUCGAGAAGGAGUCUUCCAUGGUUAUGGAGGACAAGCUUGUUGCCGACACCGAGGAAAAGAAGAACGAGCUCGAGACCUACAUCUACGAUCUCCGCAACAAGCUCGACGACCAGUACGCUGAGUUUGCUAGUGAUGAGGAGAAGACCAAGAUUAAGGAGAAGCUUGAGCAGACCGAAGACUGGCUCUACGAUGAGGGUGAUGACACCACCAAGGCUGUCUACAUCGCCAAGAUCGACGAGAUCCGUGCUAUGGCCGGACCUAUUGUUCAACGCCACUUCGACAAGGUUGAGGAGGAGCGCCGCCUCGUUCAGGAGAGAGUAGACGCCGAGAAGGCUGCCAAGCGUGCCGAAGAGGAGGCCCGCAAAGCCGCCGAGGCAGAGAAGGCUCCCAAGGAUGAGGAGAUGACCGAUGCCGACGGCAACAAGCCCGAGGGUGAGCAGGCUGGUGAGGGCACAAAAUAG